CAGCAGAGCCGAAUCGGGAGAUUGUUCACGAGUUGGAUGUGCGAUCACCGUCUUGUGCUGCCCCCAACUGAAGCUUUCAAGAAACUCACCUUGAAUCCAACCAACUCCAUUUUUCUGCUUUUCUCGUAAAAAUGGCAACUCUCGUGUCCAGUAUUGCGGCUUUUACAAGAUCCGUCAUAAAAACUCCAGAAUUGUCAGGAUAUGGAUUUCAGCAAGUACGGAAUAAGUGGGCUGAUUGGAGAAUGCUUCGUGACUACAACCGCAGAAUGUGCGUCAAAGAACAUGCCAAGGAACGUGUGAGACUCAUAUCGAUUAAAAGGAAUGACAUACUCCCAAUUGAACUCAAAGAGAUUGCAGGUGCAGAUAUCGAUGCACUGCCCAGAAAUUCCCAACCAUGUCGAGUGAAGACGCGCUGUAUGGUAACGUCACGACCCCGAGGAGUUGUUCACAGAUGGAGAGUUUCAAGAAUCGUCUUUCGCCACCUUGCUGAUUAUAACAAACUGGCAGGUGUCCAACGUGCUAUGUGGUGAAUAGAAUAGUGGCCUGAAAGCAAAUACUACCGAGUGAAAUGAGUCGUUCUUACAUAGAUCUAACAUUGCACUGUCGAUCGAUCGUAAAAAGACCGUCUAAUACAGAAGACUGUUGAUAUUGUAAAUAAAAUAUGAAAAUGAAAUCUCGA